AGCAGAAGGAACAACAUUUUUAAGUGAAAUGACAGAAACUUGAAAAAAAUCAAGUUAUGAAAUGCAAAUAAUUACAACUGCAUGACAAAAUGCAGUAUAUUCAUCUUCUAUAUUCAUCACCUUGUGUGAUUUUGGGAGAAGCUUAAUGUUGGUACUACCUUGGAGCCACUUGGAACUGGCACCAGCUGCCCAGAUUGGAACCCUCCUCUCCAGAAAAGAUGUCACAGACUGCACCGUCCUCGUGACGCUGUGAUAAGGAAAAAAUUGCUGAAGCAGACUCCACUUCAGUCAGGCAUACCCGGGCCACCCGGGAGACAUAAUCUUUCCAGAAUUUCCCGUGCUGUCCCCUGGGCCUCCUCCUGGUGGGAUGACCCUGGAGCACAUCUUCAGGGAGGGAUCCAGGUGGCAUCCUAACAAGACACCCGAGCCACUUCAUCUGGCUCCUCUCGACGCCGAGGAGCAGCGACUCUGAAGACCUACCGGAUCACUAAGUGAGAGCACCGACACCCUGCGGAGUCAGCUCAUUUCGGCCGCUUGCAUCUGCAAUCUUGUUUCUCCGGUCGUGACCCACGGCCCGUGACCGGAGGUGAGGUUUCCGAACAAAACCCAUACCCUCCACUUGGGGCAGGCUCUCUUCCCCGACUCAGAGACGGCGCUCCACCCUUUUCCGUCGGAGGACCACGGCGUCACAUUCGGAGCGAGAAGAAACAAACAAGCUCUGCAGAGAAGACGCUUUCCGCAGCAAAAUCCCUCCCAAAUCCACGUUUGUACUAAUAAUUGUCAUGGGAACAAAAAAGGACAUGCGUUCUUAAAAAUGACAUGCAAGGAAGAACAAGGUGAUUGGUAGUCAAAGAAGCAUGAGCAAAGUAAAAUAAGAAUCUAUUAAUGAUAGAGUCUUUAAUAUAACAUUACACCCAUCGUUCUAAAUUAUUAAGCAGUCGACUUGAAGGAGGAAAAACAGCACAAGAACAUAAAAUAUGAACAUAAAAAUAAGCACUUAAAUUCCCCUGUUAGGAGGUGAUUUAAACCAUCAUACAGUCGUCGGGGUGGGUCAUGACUCAGUUGCCAUGCGUGUUGUCAUGGUGACCAGCCCCUGGACCCCUUCCCCCCUCCUCUGGCUGGUCCACAUUUUGUUGUGGUUCCACAACAAUGGACCUCAGCUGACAGAGGCGGCGCCCCCCUGCCCCAUCCCCUGUAGCUGUUCCAAUCAGGCGAGCCGUGUCAUCUGUACGAGGAAGACUCUAGAUCAAGUCCCGGAGAGAAUUUCAGAAAACACAAGAUACCUCAAUCUCCAAGAGAACACAAUUCAGGUGAUCAAGUCUGACACCUUUAAACACCUGCGGCAUCUGGAAAUCCUCCAGCUCUCCAAGAACCACAUCCGGCAGAUCGAGGUGGGAGCGUUCAAUGGGCUGCCGAACCUCAACACGCUGGAGCUUUUCGACAACCGUCUCACCGUGGUACCGUCACAGGCCUUUGAGUACCUCAGCAAGCUAAGGGAACUAUGGCUACGAAACAACCCCAUCGAGACGUUGCCGGCGUUCGCCUUUCACCGCGUUCCCUCUUUACGCCGUCUCGAUCUCGGGGAACUCAGGAAACUGGAUUUCAUCUCAGAGGCGGCCUUCGAAGGUCUGGUCAACUUGCGCUUCUUGAAUCUCGGCAUGUGCGGCCUGAAGGAUAUCCCCAACCUCACCCCGCUCGUUCGACUCGAGGAGUUGGAGUUGUCGGGGAACCAGUUGGGAAUAGUCCGGCCUGGAUCGUUCCAGGGCCUCGUGUCACUUCGAAAGCUGUGGCUUAUGCACUCCAAGGUGUCGGUCAUCGAACGCAAUGCUUUUGAUGACCUCAAAAACUUGGAGGAGCUCAACCUUUCACACAAUUCACUUCAUUCACUGCCUCAUGACCUCUUCACCCCUUUGCACCAGUUGGAGAGGGUGCACCUCAACCACAACCCAUGGGUGUGCAACUGUGACGUUCUGUGGCUCAGCUGGUGGUUGAAAGAAACGGUUCCCAACAACACCACCUGUUGCGCCCGAUGCCAUGCGCCGCCAGGUUUGAAGGGCAAGUACAUCGGAGAGCUGGAUCAGAGCCAUUUCACCUGCUACGCCCCGGUCAUCGUGGAGCCCCCCACAGACCUCAACGUCACCGAGGGCAUGGCCGCUGAGCUGAAAUGCCGCACGGGGACCUCCAUGACCUCCGUGAACUGGUUCACUCCGAACGGCACUCAGAUGACCCACGGAUCGUACCGUGUCAGGAUCUCGGUGCUGCACGACGGAACGCUCAACUUCACCAACGUGACCGUGCAAGACACGGGACCGUACACGUGCAUGGUGACCAACUCCGCCGGGAACACCACCGCCACCGCUGUGCUCAAUGUAUCGGCUUCCGACCCGAGCAACAACUACAGCUAUUUCACCACCGUCACCGUGGAGUCAGUCGAGACGGUGGUGGGAGGGGACUCAGCAAGACAGUACAUUAACGAAACCUUCAUAGAUUUCCCUAAUCCUACGGUUGAAAGAGGAGUGUUGGACGGCAUCACUAUAACCCCUUCUCUCUCUUCUCUUUCUUCGCUGUCUCCACGAGCGAACAGGGCCACAGAGAAUGCGGUGACUGUGCCCCUAAUCGAUGUAACGAACAUCCCCGGCCUGGAUGAUGUCAUGAAAACGACCAAGAUCAUCAUUGGUUGCUUCGUGGCCAUUACUUUUAUGGCCGCCGUGAUGUUGGUGGUCUUCUAUAAGCUCCGCAAGCAACACCAGCUGCACAAGCACCACGGCCCUGCCAGAGCUAUCGAAAUCGUCAAUGUGGAAGACGAGAUCGGAGCCGGCGCGGGCAGCGGUAUCUCGGGCGGGUCCACAAUGAAUACUGGCAGUGGCGGAGAAGGAACCCUGAGGAUACACCAUCCCGAAAUAGUGAACCUUCCCAACAUCGGCCGUUCCGAUACGCUCAACCAUUACUACAAGAGCCAUCAUUUCAACAACAACGUGAUGGGUCUCAGUAUCGGUUCCGACGGAAUGGGAUCAGGCGGAAUGCACAAGAACCAGCAAGGCCAGGAAAUCCCCAUUUCCUGUACGCCCGUCCCCAUCUCGACAUCCAAUCUGCUGGUCUCCUCGGGAAAUGGCACCAACGCCAACCCGAGUUCGAUGUCGCCACCUCUGCCGAUGUCUCUCCCCAUGCCCACCAUGGGCCUGCACGGAUCGAUUAAAGGUUUCAUGGGUCAGAACCAGAACCCCCAAAUGGAGCCUCUCCUCUUCAAGGGGACCUCGAAGGAAAACGUCCAGGAGACUCAGAUCUAAAAGCGCUGCCGGGACAGAGAGGGCAUUCACGUUUGGGGGUUUAUGCUGGGAACGACGAGACACUAGAGUGCAUUGACUUUACACCAGGAGACAGGAUAGACGGGACAUGGCGACACAAACACAAAGACUCGUCCGUGAUGGUGUAUUGAGCCAAGGAUUACCACAGUGGGCUACUUGUGUUUGUAGUAACGCUCAUGGCCAAGGCGAUCAAGGGAGAUGGACAUUGCGACAAUGUAAAUCUGUGCCAAAGCAAAUGUUGUUUUGCAUUUUCUCCAAACUGUGUUGUCAAUGGGUGGUGGUGGUGGUGGUGGAGGGGGAGGGGGACGGGACAAGUUUUUGGGAGUAAUCGGCCCCCUAAAUCAUUGUCGGCCUGGAGAGACGGAAGACGUGCACACUAGUACUUACCACGCUGAAGACGGCAGAGAUUACAGAGCUAUGAAAUCCGAGAGACAAUUUUUCUUCUCAAAAUGAAGCCACACUUUCCGCUCAAGUGACUCAAUAAGUCUCCCCCGAGGUGACAAUAACGUAGGCAUAAAUAGAUGGACAAAAAGGUACAGUGCAGUACAAACUACUGUGAAAAAUCCACAAAUUAUAUAAAUAUAUUUUCAUUUAAAUCUGUAUCAUUGCAAACUCCGACGCAGAGAUAUUUUGGGGGUGGACGUGUACUCCGGUAGAGUUUGUUUCUAUGUGAAUAAUGACGGGGGGAGGGGGGGGGGUGUCAGAGAUCGGGGAAGUCGGUUCUGAUACCUGUUUUCAGUUUGGCUACUUCUCAGAGAACAUAAGGGCUCAAUUGCAACACUCAUUGUGAAUCUUUGAAUUGGCUUCAAGUCUAUUUAGGUUGUAGUACAGUAAACGCAGAUCUCUGUUUGACAAACUUCUGUCUGUUGCUUCGGUAGUAAAUCACGACAAAUUUAUUUUGUUUUAUUAUUUUUGUUUUUUUUUUUUUCUGUGUUUCCGAGGGUGUAUUAUGUAUUUUGUAACAGCCAGCUACUCGGUAUUUGAAUCGUAUCAAUUCUGACAAUGCCAUAAUGUUCCAAACUAAUGUUUCGCGAGCAGGGAGCGGCAUUCCCACGCAAAGACCUGUACGGCUAAAACAAAGUGUUGACUUCUGUGUGUUAUUUCAAGCAGCUCCGUAGCCAGGAAUUUGAUACGACCUCCUUGCUCAUGGUGACUAUAAUCAUGCCAUAAACGCCGUCAUAAUGACGUUUCCGCAUCUUUCCGCAGCCGCGCUCCAGAAGGGGAUCGAGCGUCCGACCCGGGAUGAUUAGGAUGAAUGGAAAUGUACAGUAUAUCAAUAAUAACAAUGUCUGGUUGUAUGACAAUUGUAAGAACUGCAUUUUUACAGUGUAACUUUCAUAUGUUCGAUGCCAUUUGCGCUUCUCGCGUUUCAACUAUGUAUUUUCUUUAUUUUUGUUAGUUUGAUAUAAUGUGUACAGUUGUCUAGCCAUGUAUCAUUCUGUGUGAAAUAAAUGAAUCAUAUAUUGGGUUGUGGCGGGUCAAUGCGGCGACCGCGCGAGGGGAAACGUGAGGAAUUCUGCGCCCAACCCGGAGUGAAUGUACGUGUUGCGGUUCAGCCAUUAGUCACGGCGCUAAUGAAAGGUGUCAUCUGCUCUAUUAACAUGUUCAGACAGGCUAUUAGUCACUCUCUUAUAAAUGUCCAACAAACACUACAGAAGGAGUGUUUUCAGGAGAGCGGCAUUUAUUUUAGAUACCCUUCAUACGAUAGUGAUAGCUUUUGUUUAGGUGGACAGUUAUUUAGCAUUUUUUUUUUUUUAAAUUUGAAAUCAAGCAGGAGUGUAAAAUGUUUGUUGCAAUUGAGCACAGGCCGGACUUGUGGUCCGCUAACGUGUGAAUGUAGAGAGAGAAGCAUCUGAACUGACGCUAGUCUGCGUUCAUUUCUCUUGAUAGUUGGAAAAUGGAUGGACGGUGUCGCUAUUGAAUGAAUUCAGACUCGAUCAAAGAACAAUAACGGUCGCGGAACGGCUGGUCUGAGGACCCGAUUACAAUUUGGUGCCUGUAUCUGGUUUACGUGUACGUCUUUCUGUCUGUAAAGUCCAAAUUAAAUGUCUUGUAAAUUUGAAACACCACAGUUGUUGUUAACAACCCUGCCAAAAUUUAAUGACUUGGAAAAACAACAAAAAAAAAGUGCAUAAAAUGAUGUUUUAAAAUUGCAGCAAAACAAAUGGUUUCCU